AUGACGCAAGAUGAACGCUAUAACAAGUUCCGCGAUUGUCUUAUCGAGAUCGCUCAGGUGGUGCCUACUAAUCACGCCGCUGAGCCUUUGAACGCGCUUCAGAUUCAUGUUCUCAAUAAUCUAGAUCGCAAUUGUCCCUUUCGUGAGCUGGCCACUUCUCGACUCAAAGUCCAACAGGCCGACGGCCUUUUUGAUCACCAUCGAAUCAGCACCCGUGAGGGUAUAUUUAGUGGUCUCAUCUUUCGGGGCAUCCUAUUCAAUACCCCUGCUCUUUGGGAGUUAGACAACGGAGGCUUUUUUGAUUCAUGGGAGGCAUGGAAGCAGUUUGUCCUUCGUCAUGAGCAGAAAGGAGAUGAUUAUUUCUGCAACAAGUCCGCAUUUGGUCGGACCAAUGGACGCUCACAUCACAACGCUCAUCGGUUUUGGAUUGCCAGUGCUAAACUACACGCAAAACUGCAAGAGCCCGGCAUAACGUUCACCCAAAUCAUUGACUAUAUUGCUAAUACCAAAGGCGACGACUCAAAAUCUCUAUUUGUAACCUUUGGCGUUCUCUCUGCAUAUCUCUUUGCCGUAGAUUUGGUCUAUGCUGGACGUAUUCCACAUCCUUCCUUGCAAGAGAUUGCCGCCAUAAUCCCGAAACUCGACAAAGGCGCUUUACAUGGGCUUCUCAAUCUUGGCUUUGCUUCCAGCAGCUCUGAAGUAGAGGUUGUCCCCGCCUUCAUUAUGCUUUUUCAUCGUCUAGAUUGUGAUCGGAAGCUGUCACCAAUUAAGAAGCAGAUUGGGUUCGAUUUUUUUAUGUUGGAACAUUCCUUGUGCAAAUUAAGUCGGGACCAGUGGCUUGAACGAUAUUAG